UAAGGGUGGCUCCAGAGAUUCAAAGUGUGACGAACUGAGGAAGAAUGGCAGAGGCGAUUUCAAUUAACCAGGAUCUUUUUAUCUGUCCAAUUUGUUUGGAUCUACUGAAGAAUCCAGUGACUCUUCACUGUGGACACAAUUACUGCACGGGCUGCAUUAAGGACUGCUGGGAUCAGGAAGAUCAGAAGGGAGUUUACAGCUGCCCGCAGUGCAGACAGACUUUCACUCCGAGACCCGUUUUAAACAAAAAUAAUGUUUUUGCUGAGCUUGUGGAACAGUUCAGAAAGACCAGAAUUCAAGGUACUGCUUCUCCUCAAUGUUUUGCUGGACCUGGAGAUGUGGAGUGUGACAGCUGCACCGGGAGAAAACUAAAAGCCGUCAAGUCCUGCCUGGUGUGUUUGUUGUCAUACUGUGAGACUCAUCUCCAGCGCCAUGAUGAACUCUCAGGGAAAAGACACAACGUGGUUGAUGUCACAGGUCAGCUACAGGACAAGAUCUGCGCUCAACACCAGAGGCUCCUGGAGGUCUUUUGUCGCACGGAUCAGAGCUGCGUCUGUUUGCUAUGUUUGGUAGAUGCACACAAAGGCCACGACACGGUCUCAGCUGCAGCUGAGAGAACGGAGAAACAGAAGGAGAUGGAGGAGACCAAGAGGAAACUCCAGCAGAGACUCCAGGAGAGAGAGAAGGAGCUGCUGGAGCUGAGGAAGGCUGUGGAGACUCUCAAGAGCUCUGCACAGACAGCAGUGGAGGACAGUGAGAGCAUCUUCACUGAGAUGAUCCGCUCCAUUGAGAGAAGGCGCUCUGAGGUGACAGAGCUGAUCAGAGCUCAGGAGAAGGCUGAGGUGAGUUGGGCUGAAGGACUCCUGAAGCAACUGGAGCAGGAGAUUGUUCAGCUGAAGAGGACAGAUGCUGAACUGAAGCAGCUUUCACACACAGACGAUCACAUCCAUUUCCUCAAGAAUUUUCAGUCAGUCAGCCCUCUGUCUCAGUCCAAAGACUCAUCCCACACCUCUGUCAGCCGAAGCUGGUCUUUCGAGGCUGUGAAGAAAUCUGUCUCCACACUGAAGGGGCAGCUGGAGGAUUUCUUCAAGCAGGAAGUCAUGAAGAUCUCUGCAGCAGUGUCUGAUGUCCAGGCUGUUUUUACUGAGCCAGUAACCAGAGAGGAGUUCUUAAAGUACUCCUGUCACUUCACACUGGAUCCAAACACAGCAUACAGAUACCUCCAUCUGUCUGAGGGGAACAGGAGGGUGGAGUGCAGAGCUGAGCUCCAGUCAUAUCCUGAUCAUCCAGAGAGAUUUGAUGUGUGGCCUCAGGUGCUGUGUAGAGAGGGUGUGUCUGGACGCUGCUACUGGGAGGUGGAGUGGAGUGGGUGGGUUCAUAUAGCCGUCUCAUAUAAAAGCAUCAGCAGGAAAGGACUGGGUGAUGAGUGUAUGUUUGGAUUUAAUGAUCAGUCCUGGAAGCUGCACCGCUCCAGCUCCGGCUCCAGCUCCUCUUUCUGGCACAAUUAUAAAGAGACUAAACUCCCUCUAGUGGCCAGCUCCAGAAUAGGAGUGUAUGUGGAUCACAGGGCAGGAACUCUGGCCUUCUACAGCAUCUCUGACACAAUGACCCUCCUGCACAGAGAACAGACCACAUUCACUCACACACUCUACCCUGGGUUUCAUAUAGGCUUUGGAUCAUCAGUGAAGUUGUUGUGACCCACACCAUUUGUAGCAGGACAGAAAAUGUAAAGACCCCAGAUACAGAUAGAUGCUGUUAUCUCAUCAGCUGCCUAAGACUGUGUUCUUGCGAGACCUCUGGAACACACAUCAGCACACCACACAUACACUAUUGGGAGGGAAAUGUGUUGAUGGGCCCAGUGUUUCACCCCCUCUGAUCCUCUCCCACAAUCCAUUUCCUCUCCCUCCUGCUCCCCCUAACCCUCCUUCCCCUCCCCCAGGUGUUAAGGCCUUUAGGCCCUCUGUGAUUGGACAGGUGUCUGAUAUGAAACAAGUUAGAUUUCACUGACUAGAAGGAAAUCUUUGUGAAUCUUUAUUCAACUAAUUGUGUAAAAAAUAACGAAUGAUAAUUGCCUCUAAUUAAAAAUUAUAUCUGAUGUCAAAUUAACUGACUUAAUCUCUGUCUAAAUGUAUCAGAUAUUAUGGCGGAUGUUAAGUUUACCCUUUUUAAAAAUAAAAAGCACACAUGAUACUA